AUCUAAUCUCUCUGCAACUCAGUGCCUGUCUGGAGCGGAGUGAAUGUUGCCGGUGUCUCCUUGAAGGCUCUUCAUCCAGACAUGGGAACUGAUGCAGACAAGGAGCACUGGAAGGAGAUUCACAAGCAGGUGGUGGACAGUGCCUAUGAGGUCAUCAAACUGAAGGGGUACACAUCAUGGGCUAUUGGCCUUUCCGUGGCAGAUCUAGCUGAAACUAUUAUGAAGAACUUAAGAAGAGUGCACCCAAUCUCUACAGCUGUUAAGGGUUUGCAUGGAAUAAAAGAUGAUGUCUUCCUAAGUGUUCCUUGUGUACUGGGCAGCAGUGGCAUCACUGAUGUAGUGAAGAUGAUCCUCAAACCCGAUGAAGAGGAGAAAAUAAAGAAGAGCGCAGAUACACUCUGGGGAAUUCAGAAAGAACUACAGUUCUAAAGUUGUCCAAGCAGUUCACUAUUUGCAGUUUAACGGUUUAGUGGUUUGUCUUAAUGUUGCACUUUCCAAGUAGGUCAAAUACUUUGGUGUAUGUAUUCCAACUAGAACACAAACUAAAAUCUGAACAAAUGAGUUUCCUAAAGAUGGCAAUUAGGAAACUAUUCUAGGGUUUUCCCUGUUCUCAGACACUUAUUCUUAGCCAUAGCUCCAGCCACCUAGUAUUGUACAGUGAAGUGAUGUGACAUCAAUCCAGCAUUCAAAGCAGCACUGCCUUUUCCUCACGUUGUUUAAACAUUAGCCCAGAACAAUAACUAACCAGCUAACUAACACAACGUGAAACCAAAGACUAUUUUCUUGCAGUCACAGGAUUGUCGAACUAAUUGACAAACCUUCUCUGCCAGGUGAAUAGCUUAAAUAUUUCACUGUUGGUAGGUCCAAAUAUUUUCCUAACACUUCUUUGGAACUUGUGUAUACCUUUUUUUUAGAGGAACUUAUUUUUGUGUACUGUAUCAGACUAGUUGUAAAUUUGUCUCCAAAGCACAUUUAAAGAAAAGGUUAAAGUUUAUAUAUGCAACAAGACAGUGACCUGUAGUACCAGCUCCAACACCAAAUAAACCAUGAAAUGUA